CUGUGUCGUGGGCGGGACGCGUCGACUCUUGCCACAUUUCCCGCGAAAAAUUACGUGUUCUAACGCUGCUACGAUACAUUCUAUUAUAUUCUGACUUAGAAAAACGUUUCCCUGUCAUAGUAAAUUAUGUUAAUGUGUGACAAUUCGUCUAUGUGUAUUUUUGAUCGUGUUUGCUAAAAUCUUUGAGUGAUUUUAUUCGUAUAGAAUCGAUAAGGGUCAGUGGUUCACGGAUUUUCCGAGGACUUAUCGUAUCAACGUACAUGUGGAAGUGAAUACUAGUCAAAUGUCAACGCGGUACCGAUAGUGUCAGUGGUUUUGGAUGUGGCUUAUCGGAAGCUGAUCGAGCUGGCGUGGUACGGGGGAGGGGGGGCGAUGCAGGCGGGUGGCGGGUGGUUUGUACCAUGGACAAUGGGGGUACAAAAGUUUGCAGUGGCGUUGCCGAUGGGCGGUGUGGUACCACUUGUGCCACCGCUGCUGGCGGCUCUGCCACCGGCCCCGCCGCCGCUUAGACUGAUCGCUCCGCCUUUACAACAUCAAUCGCAAAGAAAGGGAGAAAAAGACAACAACAAGAAUUGCAUACUAUCCUGCGAGAAGAGAAAAGCCGAGGACUCGGAUGUCAACAAAGACUUAAAGAAGGCGAAACUAGAAACAAAGGCGUUGAAAGCGAAAAGGCCCGGCUUUACAGACGACAGAUACAACGAAACGUCUUAUUACAUUGAAAAUGGCCUCAGGAAAGUCUAUCCGUAUUACUUCACGUUUACGACGUUCACCAAAGGAAGAUGGGUUGGAGAGAAAAUCCUCGACGUCUUCGCGAGGGAGUUCAGGGCUCAUCCCGCCGCUGAGUACGAAAGGUGCAUCAGGGCUGGCACUCUCACGGUGAACUACGAAAGGGUCGACCCUGAUUACCGGCUCAAACAUAACGACUUACUUGCCAACGUCGUCCAUAGGCACGAAGUACCAGUGACCAGCCAACCGAUCACCCUCGUACAUAUCGACGAGGACAUUGUGGUUGUCAACAAACCAGCCUCUAUCCCCGUUCAUCCUUGCGGUCGAUAUCGGCACAAUACUGUUGUGUUUAUACUCGCUAAGGAAUAUAACCUCAAAAACCUAAGGACAAUUCACAGACUCGACAGACUAACGUCAGGUCUCCUAUUAUUCGGAAGGAGUCCGAAGAAGGCGAGACAAAUGGAACAUCAGAUAAGGAAUCGACAGGUGCAGAAGGAGUACGUUUGUCGAGUGGACGGCGAGUUCCCGGAGGACGAAAUCGAAUGUCUAGAACCUAUAGAAGUGGUAAGCUACAAGAUCGGUGUGUGUAAGGUGUCACCGAAGGGCAAGGAUUGUUCAACGGUCUUCAAACGAUUGGGCUACAACGUCGCAGCGAACACAAGCGUUGUUUUGUGUCGGCCGAAAACAGGCAGAAUGCAUCAAAUCAGAGUGCACUUGCAAUAUUUAGGUUACCCAGUUGUCAACGAUCCUCUAUACAAUCACCCCGUAUUCGGUCCUAUCCGAGGAAAGGGCGGUGACACAGGAGGCAAGACAGACGAACAACUCGUGAGAGACCUCAUCGCUAUACACAACGCUGAGAAUUGGCUCGGAGUAGAUGCAGCUGAUGAUGACCUACUGUUCUCUAAGCCCGCUUCCGACGACAAAGUUGGCGAGGAUGAAUGCGAAGGUCCUGCUUCAAGGGAAUCAUCACCUAGAUUGGAGUCACCAGCUCCUGGUUUGACACCAUCAACGAUUAUGACGCCGACGCUGGCGAGCCCGUCGAGCGCGUCGGAGGCGCCGGGCGGCGUGCCCUCCCCCGCGCCCUCUCCAGAACUCACUGAUGACUCCAGUGACGCUAAGGUAUUAUACCACUUCUAUUCAUAUACUAUGUUCUCUUGCUUUUGUAUGCUUUAUAAUGUAAAAUUCGUGUCGUUAAAAGUAAUUUUUCUUCAACAGUCAGAUAAAGUGACAGUGGCUACCCAAACCGGUUGUUCACCAGCAAUCGUACGGACAAGUUCCAAUAACCCUAGUAGCGCUACCAGCAUGAUUACGGCUGGUAGCUCUACCGGCGCAGACGCACUCACGCCUGACCCGCACUGCUACGAGUGUCGCGUGAGGUACAGGGACCCGAGACCAAGAGACUUGGUCAUGUAUCUACACGCUUGGAAAUACAAGGGGCCCGGCUGGGAAUACGAGACGGAGCUUCCACAGUGGGCGAGCAUCGAUUGGGAGGAGCCGGAUAGUUCAUAGUUACAGGUCUUGACACCACUGCAGAAGCGCCUCGCUUCAUCUCUAUAUAUAUCCAACAAACCGAUUAAGUGAACAUCGGACUUAUCAACAAAGACGGUAUCGUUUAUAACAAUGUUUAAAUAACUAAGUGUGAUCAUUGUAACAGUGUCUCUGAUAAAAUACAAAUGUAACGAAAUAUAUUUCGUGUUAAAGUUAGUAGUAACAUCAUCGAUGAUAAUAUCGUGUUGAACGAAAUUAAACACAAAUUAGAUCUAGUCGAAUUAAACACAGAAGUAAUAAUUGAUAAUGGUCACGACGAAUUCGGUAUAAUGAAUGUUACGAAUGUUAAAAAUAUGUGUUGUGAUGCAGACGAGGCGCUUUCCGUAGGAACUUGGGUUCUAACGAACCUUAACCGAAAUGUAAUUAAACUAUCAAUACAAGUAAAUACUUGGCUGUUAUAUCUCAGUGCUGAGGCAGUUUUGUAAUUUAGUUUAAGAAUAGCGUAAGUGAAUAUUAUUUUAUAUGCGUUAAUUGCACUUUUGGUAUUUCUUUUUCUUUCUUACCUUCCAUUAUAAUAGUGACCCUCUUAGUACUUCGGAUCUUUUAUUUCGAUUCGCUUUUAAUGUUUUAGAUUUUACUUUGUCACUUCAGUUCCUAUCGGUCUAGGUUGUUUCUUAACGCUUGUUGUAGCGUAGAGUUAAGGGAUGAUAACAAAUUUUGUAAAAAAUAUCAAUACCAUUAAAAUAGAUUUAUCGCUUAAACGAGGCAGGGUCUGAACCACGAUUAUAAAUCAAUAUAUUAUCAUCGAAGUUAUUCUCAUCACCAAAAUGAUGAUCUAUUUGAUUAAUAUUAUCAUCAAAAUUAUCAUUUCAAUCGAAAAAUUUAUACUUGUCGUUAUUUUGAAACAAUUCACACUGCUUACGCGUAAGUCCGUUUUUUAUAUAAAAACAUAGAAUCAAAGUGUUGUAUAUUCAAAUAGAAUAUGUUAGAGAAAAUGUCGACUGUGUAUCAGUCAUAUUAAAAAUUCGGACCACUGCAGUAUUUUAUUAAAAAUCGUAAAUAGGACCACUGUUUAUAGAAAGGCUAUCUCUGUAAUAUAAAACGCGUUUACAAAUAAAUGCAUAAUUAAGAAUAAACGCAAUUCUGCGAGCGAUAGUGACGCUCUAAAGUUUUUGGCUUCCAUAGUUUUGAUUAGACUGUAUAAGUAUCAUCGGAAAAUUUUGUACUUUAAAUAAAUAAAAAAAGAAUUAUAAUCGCGUCUUUCACUUAAAAUCACAUCUCAACCUUCACGCGUCCGUUGCCCUUCGAUCUGGUAAUCGACAUUUGAAGUGUGAUAUGCAUUUAUUUAAUAUAUUUCGCUUGCAAUCAUCCUCUUUCAAAAAUCAUCAUUAUCGAUUCACCGAUAUGAUUUUAUUUCGUUUCCGUGUUGUAACCAAAGUAAUAGGUUUAUCCAAAGAAGGAUGUUUUGAUGCGAAGUAAGAUUCGGUUUGGGAGCAGAUCGAAGCAGCAGAUUUAAAGACAUGUGUAAGAGUUUUGUUUUGUUUUCAUAAUUCAUAAGUUUUGCGUGUUUCUAGACGAUAAGUUAUGCCAGUUUUGAACGGGGCCCCAAUUUUGCGGUUCGGUCAAAGUUGGUUCCGCAUAGGUUCUCGAACGUAUCAUUACCGUUAUAAUUAGAAUCCCCCUCCCCCCUGUAUUAUUGUAAUAAUGGAUUGUUUUGAACAUGUACAACCGAAAUUUCUGUAGCUAAAUAAUUAUUCGAUUCAUCGUCGCUGGUUUAUUUAUUAGAUACAUUAGUUAGUAUUAAAAUAUAAAA